CCAUAUGUCCAUGGAGCCAGGAGGGUUACAACUGGACCAUGGAUCUAUGCUAGUUUUUAAUAGAGGUUAUUUUUUCUAAACCAUUAGAUUUUUUUGACCAGGGAUACUAUGAACACAAACAAUCACUGAUUUUGCCCAGUCCUGGCUGUUAGGGUUAUUUUAAUAACCACACUUCUGAUUCACUUGUGUCCAGUUUUAUCAGUACAAUUUAUAGCAUGGUUUCUUUAAUGGGUAUCGAAAAUUGGUAUUUAAUCUGGUGUUUGCUUAUGCCUGAUGUGUAAUGGCAUUCUGCUACUCGUAUUUGUUUAGUUACAGGUGUGUUCCAGUGCCCUUUUGUAAUGUUUGCUGUUGCUUAGGGGACUCUUCAAAAAGCCUGUACCUGAGUUUUGCUCUUCAGUUUGUUGAAACAUGUUUGCCACAGACCGUUGCUGGUCAUUUACCUAUGUAGAAUGUAGUGGAGAGGCAUGUUUCAUGUAAAUAACACUACUUGGCCAUAUCUAUUUGCCAGGGUGAAAGCCUUCUAUCAACAGAAUGCUGCUUUUGAUUCUGAGGUGUCAGGUGGAACAAUACACUUUAAGACUUAAUGCAAAGGAUCAGGAUUUAGUAUGUUCGAAGUUUUUUUUCUGACAUUUUACAUAGUUUGUAACUUGUUUUGUCAUAAUUGUCCAUCAGUUAACUGAUUAUUUGUGUUGCAAUGACUACACUAUGGUGUCAGUCAGUGUUAACCCUGAAUGACAAAUGAUUGGAUUUGUGGCAGAUUUGAGUAAUAUGCUUAAGAAAAAUAACAGUAUAUAAAGUGGAUGCUGAAUCAAGAUUAGUGGUUUGUUGACAGAAUGAGAAGUGAAGAAAUGCUCUUGGCUAUUUCAGUACUUUUCCAGAAAAUAUUUCUGCUGUGAAUAAUCUGUACUUUUUAUAUUACUGCCACCUAGUGGAGAAUAUGUCAAACUCAUUGAGUCCCUUAGACACUGGUUGGGCACUUAUCAAACCAAUAAUUAAUUAUGGAUUAGUACUAAAACAAUACACUAACUACUUUCUAUACUAUUAGACAUUUGUCAUAUUUUCUAUAAAUCGGUUGAAAACAAACUCCACAUCCACCUAGCCUAUUGGUCUAUUUUUUUACAAGCUAAUAAGGUUCAUCAUAUCAGAGGUGUCUGGUGAGUGUUGAGAGGUGGGUGGUAGGGACUGGAUUGCAGCAGCCAUCCAUCCAUGCCACCAGGCGCAGCAUGGUGACCAUCAGACAACUGGAACUUAUUAGAGAAACUGUUUAUGGUAUUGCUCCCUGUGUGGUGCUGCGAGUGACAAAUGAUGAACCGACUCUUGAUUACAUUCCACAUGUUAAAGCUGGAAAAGAGACAGCAUUUGGCUUGGAUAUGCACUUUGAGGAAGUAGAAUAUGGAGGGGAUGACUUUGACGAUGUGGACACCCAGAAAAUGAUUGAACAGAGUCUUCUGGGAUGUAACAAGGAAAUUGAAACUCGGGAUUCCUCCCCAAAAGACGUGUUCAGUCAAAACACAAAAGAUAAUGUCAAAAUCUUCUCCGCCAUAAGAAAAGGUGAUGAAGCGACACUUCAUCUGCUGUCUGUAAAUCAGAGGGCUUUCUCUGAAGCCGACAACAGAGGCUGGAUACCCCUGCAUGAGGCUGCUAGCCAGAAGAACCAAGAUAUUCUAAAAGUCACCUUUGAAGCAUCUACUGAGAAUGCAGUGGAGUGUCGAACCCUGCGGGGGAAGACCCCUCUGUUCCUGGCGGUGGAGCAGGGUCUGAUAGAGAACGCCACCUUCCUGCUAGAGAAUGGCUCCAGCCCUGACUGCCAGGAUGACGAAGAGGACUCACCACUAAUCGUAGCUGUUAGAAACGACCGUCGGGACCUGGCUAAGCUCCUGCUGGCAUUCGGCAGCAACGUGAACCUGGAAGGAUGUCACUGCAGGACCGCUUUACAUGAGGCUGCCAAACUGGGACGUGACCGCUUAGUUAGGCUGCUCCUCAGAUCCGGGGCAGGGGCAGACCCUAGAUUUGACUAUGGACUUACACCUCUGGCCCUUGCCGCUCAGUGCGGGUAUCUGGAAGUAGUCCAAGUCCUCCUCAAGAAAGGGGCCAACGUGGAGUCUAUGGCCCAGGAUAAUGCCUCCAUCUUGUUUGAGGCAUCUGCCUCUGGCAACUCUGAAAUUAUCUCUCUGCUGUUGGAGUACGGAGCGGACGCCAACAUCCCCAAACACACCGGGCACCUCCCCAUCCACAGAGUCUCCCACAGGGGCCACCUAAAAGCUCUGGAGCUUCUUCUCCCUGUGACCACCUGUGAUGCCGUGUAUGAGAGUGGAAUGAGUCCCCUACACUCCGCCGCUGCCGGCGGCCACACCCAGUGUCUCCAGGCCCUGCUGAAGGCAGGUUAUGACCCCAACUUCAUGUUGCACCCCUGGGUCCGACGUAACUAUGAAGACGAGCGGAAAUCUGCCCUAUACUUUGCAGUGUCCAAUGAUGACGUCCCGUCGGUCAAGAUGUUGCUGGAGGCUGGGGCCAUGCCUAACCAGGACCCUGUCAAGUGCCUGCAGGUGGCUCUGAGGUCAGGCAACCUGGAAAUGAUCAAUAUUCUGCUGAGGUUCGGAGCCAAUGUCAACUACUUCUCCCGCAUCAACACCACCCAUUUCCCCUCCGCCUUGCAGUACGCCCUAAAGGACGAGAUCAUUCUACGCAUGCUGUGUAACUACGGCUAUGAUGUGAAGCGCUGCUUCGAUUGCAACUACGGGGAAAUGCCCCAUGUGCCUGAUGAUUAUGAAGGCUGGAGUAAUGCUGUCAUUAAAGAUAGCAUGGAACACUCAGGACACGUGGUGCGCAUCCUGAUGGAUUACCUUGAUCAUGUCACCUUCUGUUCGAAACUCAAGGCUACCCUUAUGGAAACUAAACAGUGGACUGAUAUCUGCAAAAUCCAAGAGAAUGCUCGCAGUCUUCAGCAUCUCUGUCGUCUGAAGAUCCGAAGCUGCCUGGGCCGACUGCGACUCAGGGCCCCAGUGUUUAUGAAUUUCCUGCCUCUACCUGAUCGACUCAAAGACUACAUACUUUACCGGGAAUAUGACCUCUACCGUCAGAAUAGCCAAGUGGGCUGACAGGGACAUAACUGGAGAACUGGACAAGGGGUCAUUUUGGGACUGGGUGCCCGACAAAUACAUCAUUAACUAUGAAAGUCUCACUUACUGCCUCGAGGUCCAACAUUGUUUUUGAAUGGCCAAAAAUGCAAACAUAUAUUUACAUAUUUUAAAUGGCAGUGCUUUGAUGAAUUUCAUGAUAUAGGGUAAUGACGGCCAUCCCAAAACAGUGUGGAGCAUGAUCUAACAGAUUGCAGGGCCUACAUCAGAGCAGAUUUGUUAACUAGCCCCCUAUAAUCUGUCAGGCAGAGAUCACUUUCAGUUUGAAGAGUUUACUGUUCUCAUCAGGUGGAAAUUUCUGUUUUGUACUUUGCUUGUCUGAGGAAGGGGUAUUACAUUUUUAAGUGUGCUUAUUUAGCUUUAAAAUCUGUUAUUUUUAAGCAUCAGUGUCUGUUCAUUUUCUUAGCUACAUUUACAUGCAUGCAAGUUCAGCCCAACACUAUGCAAUGUACACUGAACCUGUAUCUUUCUAUACAAGAUAGUAUGAAGGUAAAUAUUGAAUGUAAAUCUAUAAAGGAACUCGUAAAAUGUCUGA